AUGAGGGGACGUUGGAGGGUGUUGUUUUUGUUUGUGAAAGGUGUAAGGCCAAGGAGGGUGGGCAGGUGAAGGAGGAGAUGAAGGCGACGCCUACGCCUACACCUACUCCUAUGCCGGGGCCGGGGCCGAGUGCGUACAAUCCGUACAACCCGUCUCCGACACCAGCGCAACAGGCUCAACAAAGACCGCCGGUUAUGGCCCCACAGCAGCAGCCGAUGAUGGUGAACCCCAACACCAAUGCCACGCCCUACGCUGCAGCAGCUGGCAUGCGAGGCCCGCCCCUGGGGACAUUCGGAGGUCCUGCGAUGCCCAUGGUACAACAACAACAACAACAGCAUGCGCAGCAGCAGUUGCAGACCCAACCUCCUCAGCGGAAAGGGCAGUAUCCACCUGAAAUGGCGUACCCCCAGCAACAAUGCCAGAUACCCGUUCAGGGACAGUGGCCCCCGCCGGCUACGCAGCCGCAACCACGUGCACAUACUCCGGGAACACCGGUACAACAAGGACAAGGACAGUGGGCACAGGGCGUGCCGCAGCAGCCGCAGCAGCAGAGAUGGCAAAGUCCGGGUGCGAUGCAGUCGGGGUGGAGGGUACCCGUUGGGAUUGCGGCACAGCCUCAGGCGCAAGCUCAGGGAAUGACUCAGCAGGGAUAUACGCUGCAGGGGCAGUUUGGGGGACUGGUGCCUGUACAAGGUCAGAGGGUGAACGGGGGUUAUCCUCAGCAGGGGCAAGUUGUGAGGGGUGGACAUCCGGUGUAUGGAUCCGCACAGGGACAGGUGAACGGAGUAUAUGGAGGUGUGCCGCUGCCUCAGCAGCAACAGGGUUAUUAUCCACCACCCCAAGGACGAGGGCAGCAGUAUCAGGGUGGCUAUCCACCACAACAAAGAUAGACUUAGUCUAGCUUACUCGUCCAGUUCAGGCUCCUCAUUCAUCGCCUCCACCGGUAUACCACCUGCCGAAAUCCUAAUCUUCUCUUUCAAUUCGUUUAUCGCAAUCACCACCUCC